CAGCAGCCACAUUUGACCCAGUGGUUGCAUCUUACACAAUUUCUACUAUGAAGACUCUGGUAAAAAAAUAUCAAAGAGUCAAACAUAGUAUAACAUAAAAUAAUCGAUUAUUCUCUUCCCUUUUUUUGGUGUGUGGUUACGCCAUGUCAUAUCCAAAUUGCAGCAAGAGAAGCAAACAUGGUGAGAAUGAAAAGGAAGAAGAAGUUGCAGUUUCAAUCAUUUCAAAGAAACCAGUCAUUCAAGUUGCAGCCAUAUGCGGUUCUCUCCGCAAAGCUUCUUAUAACAGAGGCCUCAUUCGUUCAGCGAUAGAAUUAAGUAAGGAGCAAAUUGAAGGACUCCACGUGGAAUACGUGGAGACGGCGGCGCUGCCGAUGCUAAACACCGAUCUUGAAGUGGACGGGAGGUUUCCGGCAGAAGUUGAAGAGUUCCGGCAGAAGAUUCUAGAAGCCGAUUGCUGUCUCUUUGCUUCCCCUGAUUACAACUACUCUGUCACUCCAAUUGUGAAGAAUGCACUAGACUGGGGAUCAAGACCACCAAAUGUAUGGGCAGGAAAAGCGGCGGCCGCCGUAAGCGCCGUGGGUGGCGGGAGAAGAGCGCAGUACCAUCUCCGGCAAAUCGGAGUGGUCCUUGAUCUCCAUUUCAUCAACAAACCGGAGUUCUACAUGAAUGCUCACCGGCCACCGGGGAAGUUCAACGUCGACGGCGACUUAGUUGAUUCCGAUACGAAGGAGGAUCUUAAGGAAAUUCUUUUGUCCUUGCAAGCUUUUACGAUGAGACUUCAAGGCAAGUGUUAAUAACUUGCUAUAAGGGUAACAACACAAACAAGCAUAAAUAAAAAGGGUGGAGAAAACAACACUAUGUUCAUCAAUUAAAUUCCACUCAUCAUUAAACUUGUAAUUUUUUUUUUCGUCCUCCUUAGCUUGGUGCAAACUUCAACUACCAAGGAUAAUGCAUUCAAUUAUAUUCGAGAUUCUAAAAAUUGUAUUAUUUUUGA